UCGUGCUAUAUCGCAGCCAUUCUACUAUAUUACCACUUGGUAUUUUCGUCGCUCCAGGUGGAUUCUGUUACCUGGGAUUAUCACAUUCAACCACCAUGACAUCGCAAUUCAAAGAUGAGAAAAAUAUUCCUGUUUCUAAGCAGGAAUUUCCGGGCAAGGACAAAGAUAUGCCCGAACCUACACCCGUUCGCGAGGAGCUGCCCGAUGCCGGUGGAACAAGCACAACUUACAAGGCAGCAAAUAAGCUCCAAGGCAAAAGAGCGCUCAUAACUGGCGGUGAUAGCGGCAUAGGAGCAGCUACUGCAGUGUUAUUUGCGAAGGAAGGCGCCAUAUCAACGAUUGUUUAUCUGCCUGAAGAAGAGCCAGAUGCGCAAGAUACUAAGAAACAGGUUGAGGCUCUUGGGGGAACCUGUUAUUUAUUCGCCACAGAUCUUGUCAAAAAAGAGAAUUGCCAAGACGCAGUUAAUUUCUCCAUGAAGAAAAUGGGUGGAAUUGAUAUUCUCUUCAAUAAUGCGGCAUAUCAAAUGAUGGUUGAGGAUAUACUCGAUCUGCCAGACGAACAGUGGAUUCAUACUUUCAACAUCAACAUGCACUCGUAUUUUUUCAUGGCAAAAUAUUCUCUCAAGCACAUGAAGCGCGGGGAUGUUAUUAUCAACAACGCUUCUAUAAAUGCAUACAUCGGCCGGCCAGACUUACUAGAUUACACCUCUACUAAAGGAGGGAUAAUUUCCUUCACAAGAGGGCUGAGUAAUCAGUACAUCUCAAAAGGGAUCAGAGUUAACGCUGUCGCACCAGGGCCAGUGUGGACUCCAUUGAUUCCUGCAACGAUGAAUGAAAAGGCACAAAAAGAAUUCACCAGCCCUAUGGGCCGACCAGCCCAGCCCUCUGAAAUCGCGAGCUGCGUCGUCUUUCUCGCUUCAAUGGACAGCUCUUGUGUCAGCGGACAGACCUUGCACUGCAACGGAGGAGUUGUGGUGAAUGGCUGAACAGGAAACAUUACCAGUUUAGGGGGGAGGUUCGGCUUAAAUCUAAACAUUGACCUCUGCUGUUCGUCGCCUUAAAGGGAAAAUCCUGUUUUAUUUCCCUCGCACGCUGGCCGAAUUAUCACUGAUUUGAUAAUCAUUGAGAUCUGGGUCGUCAGUCUACCCAAGAAAGCUGUAGAAAGCUGUGAGAAGAGGGGAUUUUUUGACUUAAUAGCAAUUUGCAAUUCCAUGACAGGUCGAGUUUAGAGGUUGUUGACACUAAGUUCAAAUUAUUAAAACACACAGCGAUUAUGAACAAUUGGAGAUGGUCUAAAACCUGGCAGUAUUGUGUCUGGUAGGACUCUUCGAACAUGUUUGAGCGAGUCACAUCUAUCAAUAUAAAACUAACAAGCAAUUCAGAGCCAU